GUAGAAAUCGAAACAAAAUGGCGAUUUUAUAAUCAGCUGUCGAAGUUUCGUGUUGUGUUUAGUGAUUAUAAAAUUUUAGUUUUCAUAAAAUGCACGCUUUGAGACUUUUAAAAGCUGCGCACGAUGAAGAACUUUGGCUCAGGCGCCAAAAAAGAAAUGCGUCCAGACCGAGUUUAGAGACAAUCAAUGAAAUGCCGGAACAAUUGUUUCAGGAGCGUUUUAGGUUAAAUAAAAAAACUUUUAGCGAGCUUUGCUGCAGCCUACGUAACGAAACAAACAUACGGGGGACUAAAGAAAUUCCUUUGGAAGUAAAGGUUCUUUGCGCUCUGAGUUUCUUCGCAACGGGAUCCUAUCAGAGAAUUGUGGGUGUCACACAACAUUUGCCACAACGCACUACAAGUAGAUGCAUUAGGCAAGUUGUGGAGGCACUCAACAGUCCUCGGAUAGUGAAAAAAUGGAUAGUUUUCCCUCAAACACACCAAGAAAGAACAAGAAUUCGACAAGAAUUUCAAAGGAAAUUUCAAUUGCCAGGGGUAAUUGGAUGCAUAGAUUGCACUCACAUAUCAAUUGUAAAACCCCACAUUGAUGAACAGAAUUAUUUUAACAGAAAAGGAUACCAUUCCUUAAAUGUGCAAAUGAUAUGUGAUGAUAAUUUAAAGAUUAUCAAUGUCAAUUCACCAUUUUCGUGA